UUGAUACUGAGUAAAGGCAGCGGAGGGUAUCCGCCUAAGGCUGGGUGGUACAGCCGCAGUGAAUACAGUGGAUUCCCAAGUCUCAAUUUUGAGGAGCUCCCCACCCCCAUCUCUUGAAGUUACCGGCUGUGGGAAGAGGUUGCCUGAUUUCUGGGGCUCCCGGCGAGGUCUGUUCUGUAGUCUAGAGGGCUGGGGUGUCCUCCUGUGAGCACUUUCAGUUCUUUGUGAGCGCCAGAAACCGAGGGACUCUUGCUGUCUACCUGCCGCCCAUGCUGACCGGCCCUUUCCCAUAUUACUCUAUUGAGCCUAUCCGAGAAGGCCCACUUCUUGUUCAGUGGAUGAUGGCAUUUGAGCAGAUACCAAAGAAGGAUUGGUACAGCAUUCUGGGGGCAGACCCAUCUGCAAGUAUGUCAGACCUAAAACAAAAGUAUCAAAAACUCAUAUUACUGUAUCAUCCAGAUAAACAAAGUGCAGAUGUGCCAGCAGGAACAGUGGAGGAAUGUAUACAGAAGUUCAUCGAAAUUGAUCAGGCAUGGAAAAUUCUAGGGAAUGAAGAGACAAAAAAAGAGUAUGACCUGCAGCGGCAGGAAGGUGAUCUAAGAAAUACGGGACCAGUAGAUGCUCAAGUAUAUCUCGAAGAAAUGUGUUGGAAUGAAGGUGAUCACACUUUUUCUCUGAGUUGCCGAUGUGGUGGAAAAUACAGUGUUUCCAAGGAUGAAGCAGAAGAAGUUACCCUGAUUUCUUGUGAUACAUGUUCACUAAUAAUAGAACUCCUUCAUUAUGGCUGAAAUUGUUCACUAAAUGGGAUCCUUUAACUCUGUAUUCAUACAUGUUGAAGAGCGCCCAUUCAAGUAAAUGUAUAAAGCUGAUAAAAAGAAGCAGGAUUCUUUUUUUGUCAGCUCUUUUAUUUGCAGAGAAAAUAGAAGACUCAAGCAAGGGCCACCCUAGGUUAAUAGAAAAUGAACUCAGUUAUUUAUAUGUAUUUAUAAUUUAUAUCUGUAGAUCACAAAAAAAAAAAAAAAGACUUGAAUUAUAAAUUAUAUUUUGUGAAUUCCCAUCUGAGAACUUUGUUCUCCCAAGGAGAACAUUUUCUCCUUGGUACAAAAUAAGAAUUUUCCUUUUCUUCAAAUAAGCAUGCCUCCUCUUGUUAAGCGUCACAGUAUCAUCAUGUUCCUUUAUAGUUACUAAGUUUCUGAAGUAACAUGAAAUUUAUUUGUGCUAAAGUUAGCAGCCUGUUGUACAAGUAUCUCAAAUUCUCAGGUCAUUAGAAUUAAAUUAGAAUCUUUGUGAAUAGCAUGUGAACCUAGUUGUCUCAUAACUAGGACUGGAUAUGGAUAUUCAUGAAGUUACCUUCAGGAAGGUAAAGUGGCAACUGUGGAAAAGACAGCUUUGGAGUCAAAAGACUUGACUCCGGUCCUGGCACCAUCUUCCCCGAGUCUUCGUGUGGCUACAUUAAAGGGAGUAAGGCCUGAACACUGCCAUCUUCAACUUUAAAUGUAACUUAGGAAGUGGCAGUUCUUUUAAAAAUAUUCAUUUGAAACAGAUGCAUUGCUUUCCUUUUUAUUUCAAAGUCUAAGAGUAUUAAUGUCUCUAGUUAUGAAUAGAGAACCACUACAUUGCUGGUAUGACCAAAUGGACUUUUAUAAUGUUAUUAUUGAUUAUAAUACUCUCUAAAGAUUUUAUUUUUCUUUGCAUUUGAUAAUCUAUGUACAGUAUAAGUCAGAACUCAUUUUUAAAAAAUCUGAGAAAUCCUUUAUGGGAUCACUGAAACUUCAUGACCUAAUUUCAAAUGAGUGAACCAAGCAUGUGACUUAGCAGUUUUUUAUUAGGUUGAACUCCUGGUAUUUAUUAUUAGUUUGGACUUACAAGACUAGUUACUACUCUGACUUGUAAAUGUAGCUGAAGUAUAAGGCAUAUUCAAGAGAUUACUUUCAUCACAGCUAUAAAACCAAAAGUUCAAAAGUGAGGUUGUCACCCAGGUUUUUCCCCUAAAAAUAUUUUUAUAUUUAUCAUAAAAUCUGGAGGACUUACUUUGGAUUACAUUUUUAUCCAUAUAUUUUGAACUAAUAUAGCUUGCAGUGUGUGUUGCUUAUUCUUCACAUUUAACAAAAACGACUAAAACUAAAUAGCAAAUAGUUUAUUAGUAAGUACAUGGUUUCAGUGGCAAUGAUAAAUUCACUUGAAUAGGAGAGAAUAAUGAAAUCAAAAGAAUAAAUGCUUGCUAAUCGUCAGAAAAUCUGUGGCCAUUAGGGCUGUCACGCAGAAAUCCAAAAUCACUCAGAGGCCAAAUCUGUAAAAUCAAAAUGUGAUUGAAGACAAUUAAUGAAAUGAUGUUAUAUCAUCAUCAUACUCCCUGUUUUUAUCCAUCUGUUUUCUCUGUGCCAUAUAUGAAAUACGUUCUCCUUAUUCUUUAGUCAAGAACAAAUUAUAUCAAAAUAAGACUUUAGAAAGUAAACUUGUAUGUGUACAUGUAUUUAAACUCUAAAGUUUGGAACAUUGAUGUGUUAUAUCAGUUACCUGUGUAUAGUGCGUGAAUAUAGAUGUAUGAAUAUGUGUGUCUGUGUUUUGUUUUACUACCCUCAAAUAAAGUGAACCCUGAACCUAA